AUGGCUGGCAGAAACAUGAAAGAAAAGGAUUCUGAAUCGGUCGAGGUUCGCCAGUCGUGGCCGCCCACGCCGUCGCCGGAACCUGAAAAAGCGCUGGCGCCUCCGAUUCCGAAUGAGAUUUAUAACUAUAAGUUGGUGCUUCUAGCGGUGACUGCUGCGUCGGCAGCUACGAUUAUUGGCUACGAUGCUGGGUUUAUUGGCGGAACGGUGUCGCUUGAAUCGUUUAAAGAUGAGUUUGGUUUGAACGAAAUGCUGCAUGCUGAACAGAAUAACAUUUCUUCUAUAGUGGUGUCUGUGUUUCAGGCAGGUGCUUACUUUGGGUGCUUGUUUUUUUAUCCAGUGGGUGAACUUCUAGGAAGACGUAUUGGGCUUUUCCUACUGGGAUUUCUUCUAACGUUUGGGGCUGCCAUUUCGUUGAUUUCUAAUCUGGACAGAGGCUUGGGUGCUAUUUAUGCUGGUAGAGUGCUUACCGGACUCGGCAUUGGAGGUUGCUCGGGGCUUGCUCCAAUUUAUGUUUCUGAGAUUUCGCCAGCGGCUAUUAGAGGUAAACUCGUGGGAUGCUGGGAAAUAUCAUGGCAGGUGGGCGGCAUGAUCGGCUACUGGAUCAACUAUGGUGUGCUAGAGAACCUUGAACCUUCUACCAAACAAUGGCUCAUUCCUUUCGCUAUCCAGCUCGUGCCUUCGGGACUCUUCUGGGGCCUUACUAUUAUUCUUCCUGAAUCUCCCCGGUUUCUUAUUUCCAGGGGAAAAAUCGACCAGGCACAGAAGAACUUGGCCUUUUUGCGUGGUCUUCUGCCUGACCACCCAUACUCCGUUUAUGAGUUGAACACUAUCUGUACAUCGAUCGAGGAGAACUUUGCAGUGACUGGUCGUGGCUUCUUUGCUCCUUUGAAAGCUAUGUUCACAAAGAAACACUUGGUCUACCGUCUUGUGCUUAGUACUGCCUUGUUUAUGAUGCAAAACGGGUUUGGUAUCAACGCUGUCACAUACUACUCACCCACAAUCUUUAAGCUGAUUGGUGUGAAUGGCUCGAAUGCUACGCUUCUAUCCACGGGUAUUUUCGGUGUACUUAAAGCUGCCGCUUCGCUUUUCUGGAUCUUCUUUUUGGUCGACAAGUUUGGAAGAAGAGCAUGUCUUAUUUGGAUCUGUCUACCGUGCACCGUCUGUAUGUGGUACAUUGGAGCAUACGUUAAAAUUGAAAACCCAGCUGGGCGUCUUGAAGAUGGAGAAACGGGAAGUACGCCUGGAGGCACGGCAGCGCAAGCUCUACUUUACAUCUGGACAGUAUUCUACGGAUUGACAUGGAACGGUACGCCAUGGGUGAUUUGUUCCGAAAUCUUUCCUCAGUCUGUCCGUACAGUUGCUCAAGCUGUGAACGCCUCCUCGAACUGGUUCUGGGCAUUCAUCUUUGGUCACUUUACUGGUGAAGCCUUGGACUCUAUUGGCUACGGUUAUUACUUCCUUUUUGCUGCUUGUUCCAUUGUCUUCCCUGUGGUGGUCUACUUCGUGUACCCAGAGACCAAAGGCGUGCCGUUGGAAGCCAUUGAUUACUUGUUUGAAGUACCAGCCUGGCGUGCCCAUGCUUACGCCAUGAAGCGGUACAGAACGCAAUACAUGGGAGAAUCAGACAGUGUAAAGGAGGAAGAAGUACUCAAAGCAGAGUGA